GCAAGCCGGUCACCGAGUAAGUAACGCGAAUUGUACGGAACUUCUCAGGAUUUAACCAGCCGGCUUAUAUGAACACUUAAAAACCGAAGGAACGACGGUUUUUCGAACUGUCACUAUUUAUUGAUAAGUUACCAUCAAUAUUUCAUUAAAAAACGAAGUGCGAAGUCGCGAUAAAUCGACCCAUCGCAGUAAGGAAGAACGCAAUAUAUUAACUGAAGCUUAAGAUAAAAUUCUUGUAGUCGAUUGACGUGAUAAACAAUUCGAUCGCAAAUACUUCACAAGUUUAUCGAAGCUUUAACACUCGUUGAGUUCAGUGAAUUGACGAAUCGGUGCUUUUAUUCAUCAGCCGUAUAUCAGCGCCGAAGAAAAUUGCAUCGUAAAUUUGUGCGUGAAUUCUUCAAUAAUUUCGUUGCUCCUGAGACAAGAUUUUAAUAUGAAGAACGUCGUUGAAAAACAACUGUCUUGGUUUGCAUUGAUCAUGACAGCUUUUUAUUCAUUGUUGGCGAGUUGCCGUGCCGAGGACUGCGGGCACGAGCAUCUGGCACGUUGCGCUGGUCCACUCGGCAAAAUCACCAACAACAACGAGCUGGGUUUCGUCACGACCAAGGAGGAGCUUGAAGCCCUUUGCCCACAACUGGAGGAUGGUAUGACGUGCAUUAAAAAAUAUACACUCACGUGCAUGGAGGGCGAGCAGAGAGAAAAUUUCAACUCGCUGUAUAAUGGAGUCAAUAUGGCGAUAAUGGAACUGUGUCAAGACAGUCCGUACCAGGAUGAGUUUCUGAAGCACGCACCCUGCAUGCAGAAAGUUCAGGCCGAAUACGAAAUCUGUUCGAAGCGGUAUGUGCAAGCGGCUUUUGCUAUCGAGAGAAGAAAUCAGACGAGCGUGAAAGCGAACGAGCCGCUCAAAGGAAUUUGCUGUGCUUUUCAAGAAUACCUCGACUGUUCACACAACACUGUGCUCCGAAAAUGCGGCAAAGAAACUGCUGAGUUCACUAAAGACUUCCUCGACAAAAUGUCCAAUUCUCUCAUGAAGAUGCACUGCGAGCCUUACACUCACGGGGAAUGUGACCUGGGUUCGGGAAGCGAGAGUGUGAGGGUCCAGACAGUACUCAUACCGCUGGCUCUCGUCUAUCUUGCUAGAUACUUUACGUAAAAAAACAAUUGGGCCUCGAUCGUGUAGAUCGAACACAAAAUAUAUGUAUAUAUCUAUGCGAACGUAUAUACUGCUAGAACGAGAUGAAGAAAAAAGUGUUCACCGGCUGCGCGUGAAAUGCCAAGGAACUAGGUGGCCACCGGAAGCGCAACAGUGCCUUUUCCUUUUUCCGUCUUUGUCGAGUGUGACGAGGUCGACGCCCGGAGCGUUAAUCUCGCAUUUUAGGUAUAUUAUUUUCUCCAAAUCACGACCGCCACAUUACGUAGAGAAUCUUCGAGCGGAGACGGCAUACCACUUCACGAAAAGCAGAAGAAAGAAAAGUUUAGGGGAAAUGAAUGCAAAGAGUCGAGCUGACAGCGUUGAAGUCGUGGGAAUCGAUUUCACGUUGAUUCUUUUUUCCGGAUAAGUGGGCCGCACAGGAGAUGAUGAGUGAUCGUAGCAGUGCAUCCAUCGAUUCGUCCGAAGAAUUUGUCCGGAAGAGAGAACGUGAGGUGGGAAAAAAUGGUUAAUUUAAGACAAUCGUUUUUCCCAAUAAAACUUGAAUGAAUUGAUUUUUUUUAAAAUCGAUUCGACAAUUCCGCCAAAGCUCGAAGUAUAUAGAUAUUUGAAAGUAGAUAGGAAUAUCUUACGAGGCUGUGGAGUAGUUUCGAGACAUUGAAAAACUAUUACGCGACUGAAUAUUGUUUUUUAUGCUCAUUUUCCUUCUGUUGUUUUUCAUCACACAUCACCCAUGAUAGCAGCAUCGAAGAAAAAUAAAACUAUGCACUAUUUAUUUCCACAUCCUCUACCUCCGUACAGCAUCUUAUGUGCAAUUUUCAUUAGACAUUUUCCCUCGCAACAAUCAUUAUUAGUAUGGGUUUCCAAUCGUCUGACUCUCUUUCGUGUGCAGAAGAAUAAUUCAACGAAUGGAUGAAUUGUCGUCGUGUAUGGAUGUACGAAUGAACGCAUCGUCAUUUUAAGUAGUUUACUCUCAUAUCUCGCUAAUCGGCUGUGAAUUCGUUCACGCAUCAAUAAUUUUUUUCUCAUCAAUUAGUUUGUCAAAGAGUGGAAGCUGUGUGAAAAAUAGAGUGGGAUAGAGGGAGAGAGAGAGAGACGAACGAAAAUUCAUUAGUAAACUGCAUUGUAAAUAAAGAUUCUAACGAUCAAUCUAAUAUUAUUAUAAUUACCGAGAAAAAAUAUAAUUUAAUGUUAGUUGGUGAGAAAAAUCCAUGGUUUGAAAGGAAACAGCAAGGCGUUUCUAUACUUUAUUGAAAUUUUAAUUAAUCGAAUCAACCUUAACAUGGCUUUUUGCAUAAAUUUCCAUUAACAAGUUUGUUAAUAAAACUUCCGAUACUUCGUUAUGAGAUAACGAUUUUAUUAGAAGUUUGGCAUAUGCUUCAGAAAAUUAUGGAGGGUAUCACGGAAAAAACACAGAAUUAUUAAAAGUCCAUAAAAAUUGUCAACAGAUUUAUUUCGAAUACAUCCGUUCGCUAAACUUCGUCAUGACGCUGAGGUUUGCAACGUUGGCGUCCAACGAAAUGAUCUAAAAAAGUUUCAAAUAAUUCCAGUAAAUCUCCAAUUUUGUUUCCUGCUGAAUUUGUAAUUCGUAGUUUUUCAACCUGCACCGAUACUUCGUAAAAUAAAUAAUUGGCGAAUUAAAAAUCUUUUUUUUUUUUUUUUGCAAUUUCAAUGCAUUCAAUGCAAAAUGCACCGUUGCAAACUUCAGCGUCGUACUUUGCCGAGGUUCAUAAAGAUAAGUAAAAAUGAAAAAAGCAAAGUAUUCCUUACUAGGUUAAUAAUUAAUUUUUUACUUUAAUCAAAUUUAUUAUCAUCGUCAUCAUUAUUAUUAUGAUUAAUAUAAUUUUUAUCAUCAAUAUUAUUAUCUUUAGAUAUCCAAAAUCACAAGCAUUUCAACGACACAUUUUUAUUCGACCGCAAAGUAUUUGGAAAUUUAACGAAAUGUCUUGGCUGAAACUGUAUACAUUGAGCGCCUUUUAAAAACCAGUAUAUCCAAAAUGUAUACAAUUCAUGACGAACGAAACUAAAUAUGUGUAUAUAAUAUAUUAUAGAGAUAAUGUAGUUACGUUUUGACGUGGUCUCGAAAGAUGUUCGUCUAAUGAGCGUUUGUUACUUCACCAUGCGCAAACAGAAGUAAAGUAUUAUUGUGUACCGAACGAAAAAACAUCGUCAAUACCUCCGAUUCGUAUUAACAUUAUAGUAGCCUCGCUGAGCGAUGAGUGAUGGAAGGAGUAAAAAUAAUUCUCGGUGUUAUAUCUUGCGGGGGUCCCACAAGAAGUGGCCCGAACCUUCGGUUUCAAGGGUCGAAUUUGUCAAAUUAAGCAAUUUCCCUUAGCAGGGAAACUGAUUGAAAAAAAUGAUCGCUUGACAGCCUCUCGUUAAAAUUUUUCGAAUCAAGCUCGAAAUCAACGGAAAAGGAUUUUCAGAAAAACAGUUUUGGUAUGGUGAUUGCAGUAAUGGUUAUCCACAAUACCCCAAUAGUUGCACCGACUUAGAUGAAUAACAAUUAAUAAAAAUGUAACGAUCCUGCAGGCAAUUCGUUUGUGUUCAUUAAUAAAUAAUAAAACUUACAGAAAGACUUUUUAGACGUAGCAUAUUGCUAAUACACUGCCACGAAUACCAAAAAUGCAUUUCUCGAGCUUGCAUGUUUUCAUACGUCGAGCAUCGUUUAAAUUAUUAUUAUUCUUUUUUUAAUAGCGCCAGAUAUAUACAGAAAUAUGUACACGUAUACACAUCGAAAUAUUUUUACUCCGAAACCCAUCUUCAGAGUACGUGCGAUCGGAAAUAUAAUGGAUAAUCGUGGCAUGCUCACUGUACAAUUCUUCGAAAGCAAAGCGACGAAACUUUUCCGUGGAAAUCGAAAAAAAAAAGACAGGAAUUAUAUACAACAAUAUAUACUUGUCACGCAGAAAUUCAAGUACAUAAUUUGACUUGUUCAUUUGAAAACAUUGCAAUUAAAAAGUGGUCUGAGGCGAAAAAAUCUGAUGUUCAUAUUUUAUGUCUAUUUUGCGUACUUUAUUUGCUUGGGGAAUUGAACGUAUCGGCGAGCAGAGAGUUUUAACUAUGCAACGAAUUUGUUAGGAGUAUGCAAUGGAUGAAAAUUCGUCAGUAUUUUGUGUGUAAAUGUUUGAAUUUGCGAGAAGUCGAAAAAAUAUGGGUAAAUACGAAACUAUUGAAAAACGAAAUAUUUAUUUGUACAAUAAUAGUGAAUAAAUCAUUGUAAAUACACCAUGAAAAAGGGCACGCAGAACAAGAGUUUGAACAUUGUAAAAAUUUAAAAAGCUCUCGCUGUUUUGUGUAAUAAUGUAAAUUCAUCCAAAACAAUUUACAAUAAAACCAUUAUUUUCAUUUA